GACAGUAGUGAGUGAGAGUAAGAUGGCGGUGUCGCGACGCUCCUCUCAGCAUCCCGGAGCAGCGCUGCAUUCCCCGCCGCGGAACCCCCUCAUCUCCUCCCCGCCUGCGGACGGACCGGCUCUCAGCCCGGACUCGGCGCCUCUGAGCCCGGCGGAGAGCAGAUGCAGCAGCGGCGGGGGAGCGGAGGCUCAGUGUCAGAGUCCCGGGCCUCAGAGUCCCGGCGCCGCGGAGCAGGAGAGCGGAGAGGCCGCGGGGAGCGGUGCAGCGUUCCGGGAGCUGUUCGAGGCCUGUCGGAGCGGAGACGUGUCCCGGGUCAGGAGGCUGGUGGAUCCGCUUAAUGUGAACGCUAAAGAUGUAACCGGGCGGAAAUCCACCCCGCUUCACUUCGCCGCCGGUUUUGGUCGUAAGGACGUGGUGGAACAUCUCCUGCAUACAGGCGCUAACGUUCACGCCCGUGACGACGGUGGCCUCAUCCCUCUACACAACGCGUGUUCGUUCGGCCACGCCGAGGUGGUGAGUGUGCUCCUGUGCCAGGGCGCCGACCCCAACGCCCGCGACAACUGGAACUACACGCCGCUGCACGAAGCAGCCAUCAAGGGCAAGAUCGACGUGUGUAUCGUUCUCCUCCAGCAUGGCGCCGACCCAAACAUCAGAAACACAGAUGGCAAAUCAGCUCUGGACCUGGCAGAUCCUUCAGCCAAGGGUGUUCUCACCGGUGAAUAUAAGAAGGACGAGUUGUUGGAAGCAGCCAGGAGUGGUAAUGAAGAUAAGCUGAUGGCUCUGCUGACGCCGCUCAACGUGAACUGUCACGCCAGCGACGGCCGCAAGUCGACUUCGCAAAAAAUGCUGUCCACUCCUCUGCACCUAGCCGCCGGUUAUAACCGUGUUCGCAUCGUCCAGCUGCUGCUGCAGUACGGCGCCGACGUCCACGCCAAAGACAAAGGAGGUCUGGUUCCUCUCCACAACGCGUGUUCUUACGGUCACUACGAGGUCACUGAGCUCCUGCUGAAGCACGGCGCCUGUGUGAACGCCAUGGACCUGUGGCAGUUCACCCCCCUACACGAAGCGGCCAGUAAGAACCGGGGCGAGGUGUGUUCACUGCUGCUGAGUCACGGAGCCGACCCCACCGUCCUCAACUGUCACGGCAAGAGUGCUAUCGACCUGGCGCACACCCCCGAACUCCGGGAGAGGCUGGCAUAUGAGUUCAAAGGUCACUCGCUGCUCCAGGCUGCACGUGAAGCAGACGUGGCUAAAGUGAAGAAAGCGCCGCAGGAAAUCAUCAACUUCAAACACCCGCACUCUCACGAUAGUGCUCUGCACUGUGUUGUGGCGUCUUCUCACCCCAAACGCAAACAAGUGACUGAACUGCUGCUGCGCAAAGGAGCCAACAUCCACGAAAAGAACAAAGAUUUCAUGACUCCAUUCCAUGUGGCUGCUGAGCGCGCUCACAACGAUGUACUGGAGGUUCUGCAGAAGCAUGGAGCUAAGGUGAACGCCGCAGACACUCUGGGUCAGACGGCGCUGCACAGAGCCGCUCUCGCCGGUCACAUCCAGACCUGCCGCCUGCUGCUGAGCUACGGCGCCGACCCCUCCAUCAUCUCGCUGCAGGGCUUCACCGCCGCUCAGAUGGGUAACGAGGCGGUGCAGCAGAUCCUCAGCGAAAACAUUCCAGCUCGGAACUCAGAUGCUGACUACCGUUUCCUGGAGGCCGCCAAGGCUGGAGACCUGGACCAGGUCAAGCAAUUCUGCUCCCCUCAGAACGUGAACUGUCGGGAUCUGGACGGCCGACACUCCACCCCGCUGCACUUUGCUGCUGGUUAUAACCGUGUGGCCGUGGUGGAGUAUCUACUGCAGCACGGCGCCGACGUCCAUGCCAAGGACAAGGGUGGUCUGGUUCCUCUCCAUAACGCGUGCUCGUAUGGUCACUAUGAGGUGGCCGAGCUGCUGGUGCGUCACGGCGCCUCGGUGAACGUAGCAGAUCUGUGGAAGUUCACUCCUCUACACGAGGCUGCAGCGAAAGGCAAAUACGAGAUCUGUAAACUACUGCUGAAGCACGGUGCUGACCCCUCCAAGAAGAACCGCGAUGGUAACGUAGCUCUGGACAUGGUGAAGGACGGCGACACGGACAUCCAUGACCUGCUGCGCGGGGACGCCGCCCUGCUGGACGCCGCUAAGAAGGGCUGCCUCGCCCGCGUCCAGAAGCUCUGCAGCAGUGACAACAUCAACUGUAGAGACACACAGGGGAGGAACUCGACACCCCUGCACCUCGCAGCGGGGUACAAUAACCUGGAGGUGGCGGAGUUCCUGCUGGAGCACGGCGCAGAUGUGAACGCGCAGGAUAAAGGAGGUCUGAUCCCACUGCACAACGCUGCCUCCUACGGGCAUGUGGACAUCGCCGCGCUGCUGAUCAAGUUCAACACGUGUGUGAACGCGACGGAUAAGUGGGCGUUCACGCCGCUGCACGAGGCCGCGCAGAAGGGCCGGACACAGCUAUGCGCGCUGCUGCUAGCGCACGGCGCUGAUCCUACCAUGAAGAACCAGGAGGGCCAGACCGCGCUAGAUUUAGCCACGGCGGAUGAUAUCCGGGCGCUGCUGAUGGACGCCAUGCCCCCGGACUCUCUGCCCACCUGUUUGAAGCCUCAGGCGACGGUGCUGAGUGCCAGCCUGGUCUCACCCGCCUCCAGCGUGGAUAACCUGAGCGACGGCGCCUGCGGAGGGGCCGACGGGGCCUCGGGGCCCGAACGCAAAGAGGGAGAGGUGGCUGUGCUGGACAUGAACAUCACUCAGUUCCUGAAGAGCCUCGGGCUGGAGCACCUCCGAGAUACUUUCGAGAGAGAGCAGAUCUCUCUGGAUGUUCUGGCUGAUAUGGGACAUGAGGAGCUGAAGGAGAUCGGGAUCAAUGCGUACGGGCACAGACACAAGCUGAUUAAGGGGAUGGAGAGGCUGCUGGGGGGGCAGCAGGGCACUAAUCCUUACCUGGCCUUCCACUGCUCGACUCAGGGCACCGUCCUCAUCGACCUGCCCCCCGACGACAAGGAGUUCCAGUCUGUAGAGGAGGAGAUGCAGAGUACAAUCCGUGAGCACAGGGACGGAGGAAACGCAGGAGGAGUGUUUAACAGAUACAACAUCAUCAAGAUCCAGAAGGUGGUGAAUAAGAAGUUGAGAGAGCGUUACACACAUCGACAGAAGGAAAUCUCAGACGAGAACCACAAUCACCAGAACGAGCGCAUGCUGUUCCAUGGUUCUCCGUUUAUAAACGCCAUCAUCCACAAAGGCUUUGAUGAGCGCCACGCCUACAUCGGCGGCAUGUUCGGGGCCGGUAUCUACUUCGCCGAGAACUCGUCCAAGAGUAACCAGUACGUUUAUGGGAUCGGUGGGGGGACGGGGUGCCCCACCCACAAAGACCGCUCCUGUUACGUGUGUCACAGGCAGAUGCUCUUCUGCAGGGUGACUCUGGGAAAGUCCUUCCUGCAGUUCAGUGCCAUGAAGAUGGCUCACGCUCCUCCUGCUCAUCACUCCGUCAUCGGGAGACCCAGCGUCAACGGUCUCGCCUACGCCGAGUACGUCAUCUACAGAGGAGAGCAGGCGUUUCCAGAGUACCUGAUCACGUACCAGAUCAUUAAACCGGAGAGCAGCACACAGUCGAGCCCCGGAGCUCAGCAGAAAUCCUAACGGAACAGUUCUGGAGAGUUCUUGAGAAUGUUGCACAGACUGAAUGUGACGUGUCUCCGCUCGUGUUCUCCUCACUCCCGGUCUCUGUAUAUGAACGCCGACGUUGCACUUUGAUUUAUUUAACUUAUUAUGAAAUGAAUCUGAUUGUACAGCAGAUAAUCAGUGUGGAAUGUUCCUCACCCUCAUGAUAAAAGAUCCUCCUGUGUUUAAAAUGUUGACUUGCUUCUGUGUUUCCUUCCUUUCUUUUAAAUAAACCUCAUGCUAACAUCAGAA